AAAGGCGUCUAUGUGCCUUCAAGUCUCCAUCCGCCCGAGAGCCUCAGGUACUACGAGGAGUUUGCGUUUCGUCCGGAUGACAAACUUAUUGUAACGUACCCCAAGUCUGGUACGACAUGGAUGCAGGAGAUGCUCCCUCUCAUCAUGAGCGGAGGGGAUCCGGCCUCCGUUGAGACUCUCCACAACUGGGACCGUGUUCCAUGGCUGGAGGAGAAUCGAGCCCUCAUCCUCAACCUUGAAAAGAGGCCGUCUCCACGCAUGUUUACAACUCACUUCCACUACAGCAUGAUGCCGCCAUCCUUCUUUGAAGUUAAACCAAAGGUCAUCUAUGUCAUGAGGAACCCCAAAGAUGUCUUUACGUCUGCUUUUCACUAUUUCGGGUCAACUUCGUUCCUGGUGAAACCAGGCCCACAGAGCGAGUUCCUCCAGAAGUUCCUAGAUGGACAAGUUAUAUUUGGUUCCUGGUUUGACCAUGUAAAGGGUUGGCUCAACGCUAAAGAUAAGGAGUCCAUCAUGUACAUCUCCUAUGAAGAACUUUUAAAGGACCCGAAGGACUCUGUGACCAGAAUCGCUCAGUUCAUGGAGAAAUCUCUGGAUACUGAAGUAACAGAGAAGAUAGCAGACCGAUGCUUGUUCAAGAACAUGAAGAAAAACAGCAUGUCAAACUACUCGGCUGUUCCUAAAGAAAUCAUGGACCAGAGCAAGUCUGAAUUCCUCAGGAAAGGAAUUGCUGGAGAUUGGAAGAAUCAGCUAACAGAGGCAGAAGCAGAAUACUUUGAUGCUGUUUACAAAGACAAAAUGAAAGAUGUCAAAUAUAAAUUUGUUUGGGAUUAAAAGACUAAAUGAAAGUCAUUUCGUCAUAGAAUUAGAGAACAAAGUAGAGCAUUAAAUGGUUUGUUGACAUGUAUUCAUGACGUAAUUUUGUAGUUAUCAACAUAAAACUGGUAACAGCAUUCUGAUUGGUGCAAAACCAAAAUCAGCUCUGUUUAAGUGAAACCCUGGUGGAGUGAGGGGGUUGUCGGGGUCGAUGUCAGUGAUGAUGUUGAAAGAGUCCGUGAAAUAAUUUUCCACUAGGCUAGAGAACUGUGAAACUUAAAAUAUCCAAUGUCACUGAAUGAGAGUGACAAUAGGACCAGUAAAAUGUAACACGUAUUUGUUUAUUCUAUACCAUUUUGUUUUCUGCUUCCAAACUUUCACAUGAUGUACUUUUAACUCAAUACCAUUUAUAUUAACUCUUAAGUUGCUUAUUCUGCAGAUUUUAAAGCAUAAAAUGUGAUAAAAAACUAUAUAUGUUACAGAUAAAGCUACCCCCUGAUGCACAAGAAAAAAUUAUGAUCUAGUAAUAUAGUGCAUAUAUUCUGCAUAAUUAAAGUAUAUUCUAAUGCUCAAACAUUUGUUCCAUUACUUAAGUAGAUUUAUGCCUUUAUUCAAUAUGAAACCGUUUUUACAUUUGGGUGCAAUGCCACUUUACAUAUAAUACUUUUGCAUCCGCACACAGGUCUGCACAAGUAUGCAAGUCUUCCUGGGCUGUGUGUUUUUCUGGUCAAAUGCUCUGAAGUGUCGCAAGGAGUUAUGCUACCGUCUGUAGCUCAGAUCGUACAUCUUAUUGUCUGUUAAAGUGGUCACUGUGCCAGAUUAAAGCCCUAAAAUCUUGCCUAAGUCAUGUUUGUUAAAUGUUACUACAUGUACAAUAUUGUUAGAAAGAAUGUACAAGCUAGCAGUGUAUGGGACAUCAACGAUAAAGUGGUGUAAAUCAUAAUUGAGUUCAAUGCAAUUUUACAUCACCAGUCAUCUGAAGGCACUUUAGAUUAUAAGGUAAAGAUCAUUCAGUAUAAGACAGAAAACAGCAACAAUCAGACUAUCCCUUAUGAAAAAGCCCUUGGAGAGAGUGGGAAGGAAGAACUCUAUUUCAGCAUGAAAAUACAUCUUGCAGAACCGGACUCAGUCUUCUGCCAUGACGGGCUGUGAAGUGACCAUAAAGACACAGAGUAAAACACAAAAUGUAUGAGAAGAUAAAACCAGUGA